AUCGGAAAAGCCAAACGAAAUUUCAGGACAGCGAGGAAGAGAAAAAGAGAGAAACUUCCAUACCUCAGAAAUUUAACGAGAGUUUUGGUCUCUUGCUAUUGACUCCAAUACUAUAAAAGUUACCCACUCACACUCACAGGUCUAGACGGGACACUGCCAAAUAAUAUUGUAUAUAGUCUCUCUCUCUCUAUAUAUAUAUAUGGUAGCCGUCUGAAGGAGAAAAACAGUUGAUAUAGUAAAGGUUGAGAGAGAGUACGGUUUACCGAGUUAGCUAUGAGUAGCGAGAAGGUUCCUUCAUCGGCUAUGACUUCUACUACACCGCAUGUGGACCUCGCCAAGGGCAUCAAUGGCCUCGAUAAGAUCGUCCUCCGCGAGUCCCGUGGCAGUUCCGCCGAGGUAUAUUUGUAUGGAGCUCAAGUGACAUCAUGGAAGAAUGACCAUGGGGAGGAAUUGCUUUUUGUUAGUAAUAAGGCUAUUUUUAAGCCUCCUAAAGCAAUUCGUGGUGGAAUACCAAUUUGUUUUCCUCAAUUUGCAAAUCACGGCCCUCUUGAGUCGCACGGAUUUGCUAGAAACAGGUUUUGGGAUGUGGAUACUGAUCCACCUCCUUUUCCAACGCCAACCUACAGCAAAGCUUAUGUUGAUUUGAUCCUCAGGCCUUCUGAAGAUGAUAUAAAGGUCUGGCCACACAGUUAUGAGUUCCGGCUGCGGGUGGCUUUGGGACCAGGAGGAGAUCUCAUGCUGACAUCUCGUGUUAGGAACACCAACCCUGAUGGGAAGCCAUUCUCAUUCUCUUUUGCGUAUCAUACCUAUUUCUCCGUUUCAGAUAUUAGUGAAGUACGAGUUGAAGGAUUAGAGACCCUAGAUUAUUUUGACAACUUGAAGAGUAGGGAACGCUUUACUGAACAGGGGGAUGCAAUAACAUUUGAAUCAGAAGUGGACAAGAUUUAUCUAAGCACUCCUACAAAGAUUGCAAUUCUUGAUCAUGAGAAAAAGAGGACUUUUGUUAUACGUAAAGAUGGACUCCCAGAUGCUGUUGUUUGGAAUCCUUGGGAUAAGAAGGCAAAAGCUAUGGCUGAUUUUGGCGAUGAUGAAUACAAGCACAUGCUGUGUGUUGAGGCUGCUGCUAUUGAGAAACAUAUCACCCUGAAACCUGGUGAGGAGUGGAAAGGAAGACUAGAGCUUUCAGCUGUUCCUUCCAGUUACUGCAGUGGGCAACUCGAUCCUCAAAAAGUUCUCCAGAGCAGCUAGAGUUCAAUCCAUAUUAUAUUGUACAGUGAUCUUUUCCUCACAGGUACUCUCUUGCAACUUGAAAUGGAUUGGGACAUGAGUUGAAGUACUGGCCACAUGAUUAUUGUUAUUAUUAUUUUCCUUUUCAUCUUAAAAAAUUACUCAUCUUGGUUGUAGAGAUGAGUUCAUGAAUAGAUGACAUGUUUAAAUAAUGAUUUAGUGUCUUAAAUUGACUCAGAUUUGCAAACAUAAGGCGGGAUAGCCAACACUGCCACUACGGUGGAAGGAGAUAACAUGUUCUUUUUUGUUCAAUGGAAUCUCUCGUGCAUUUGGAAUGAAAAA